AUGUUUAGCUCCACACCAACACUCCGUAAUGGCCUUUCAAAAGACAACAGCGGUGUGAACGGUACUUUCCGAAACGGGUCAACCCUUCCACCCUCAAAUUCAUCAAGUCACCUCUCUGAAGAUGCCUACAACAAAGACGAGGCGGACAUGAAAUCAGGACUCCGAGUCGAUACAGACUUUCUGUCCAAAGCCCCUUCCCAGUAUGGGGACGCGAUGCUGGAUAGCUCCUCUUCGCGCGAAUACAUCAACGCUCACAGUCCUAUUGAACCUGUAGUCAAGGGCGAAUUGGCUUGUGAAGGUGUUGCCUUCAAUUCCAGAAACGAUGUCGAACUGGCUGUGCGAGGUCUUCGCGAUCUAUCAUCACCGUCCCCGCCGCCGCCUCCACCGAAAUCUACAAAUCGACCAGGAGCUGGCGCAGCGCCUUCUGUCGAGUCAGAGUCACGGAUAACGCCGUCUAUAUCCAAUGCCUCGCUGGACGAGCUCUUGCAAAGGGACCAGAAGACCCUAAAGAUGGUGGAGGAGGCCCUAGAGAGGUCAGAGGACGAGGGCGACACCCUUGAUCUCAGCCGGCGAGCGAUCGAUAGGAUUGGUGACAGAGCUGUAGACAUGUUCAACUGCAGAGUCGGGAAGAACCAGAAAGGUGUUUGGAGAUUGGCACUGUCCUACAAUCUUUUACGAGACAAUUCCAUUGUGGACUCUUUCGGCAAGCUGAGCAGAUUACGAUACUUGAAUCUGAAAGGGAAUCAUUUCACAAAGUUUCCCGUUGCGAUCACACAAAUACCGGCCUUGGAAAUCCUGGAUUUCUCCAAGAAUAAACUUGUAUCCUUCCCUGACGAUCCUGGACACCUCGUCCGACUGAAGGUUCUCUCCCUCACCAAUAAUGAAAUCGUCCAUCUACCCGAGAACUUUAUCAAGUUCGGGGCUUUAAAAGUGUUCAAGGUUGAUCAAAACCCUAUAGAGUGGCCCCCUCGAAGUAUACUGGGUCCCUUGUGCGAAUCCAUCUCGGCUGGUAGAUCCAAAGGAAGCUUGCAUGACAGGAAGCGAGGAAAGGAGGAGGAUUUGAGACCGUGGAUUGAGAGUGUCAAAAUGUGGAUGAGGCAGAAAAAUGAACCUCAGGAGAGCGGUCAGCCGAAUGGUUCGCUUGGAUACCAACAAGCAGAAGAGCGCUCGCAGCCGGCAAUAGUAUCUUCUGCCUCGGAAAUGCCGUUGGGACCAGCUCAGCCAGCUCCUCGUCCUUGGCAACAGAAUCAGCGUUCAGAUUCCCAUGACUCCACGGCAAACAAUAUCCGGUCAACUUCACCAAAUGUCAAUUCACACGCGCGAAACGAAUCCACGGCUUCGUACAUGUCGCCACCAUCAUCGUCAACAGACGCGUCUUUCCGUUCGCAUGCCCGUUCGCCGUCAGUCACCUUUGCUCAGAAUACAUUCUUAUCAGCUCAAAGCCAUACGCGGGGCGGAAGCUAUUCCCCUGGGCAGUCAAGCGUCAGCAAUUUGACUGCGAAAAAAUCACUACCUGAUUUACGUUUGAGCCACGCUAGAAUCAUUGAAGAAAGGCGAGGCGAUAUGGGAGGUGAGAUGGCAACAGGAACAGUUUCCAUCAUGGCAUCUAUGCCUUCGCAUCCCUACCGUUCUUCUACAUCAGUUGCCGUCGAAGGAGACAUUUCUCCGUCCCCCGAUCUGGCUCCUGGCGUCGACGAUUUGACUUCCCUCUCGGAGAAAAGGUCAUCUCAAGACAGGGUCAUAGACGAAUCGCGAAACUCCUACUUUCGUCGCUUGUCAACAUUACCAACGUCAACCAUUUCCAAGGCGAUCCCUGUGUUCCUUCUACGUUUCAUUGACGCUACUCGGGGUAUACUGUUUGCCAUAUCCCAAUUGCACUCUUCUUUGAGGCAGUAUAUCAACUUUGCGGUCAAUGAGCGGGUGGCAGGUACUUUCAAAAGAGUCAUGGAGCCUGCUGGGGUUUACAUGAACAGGCUCAUCAAUGCGCUGGAUCGCUUUGAUGCCAUGUCUCGUCGUGGUACACCUCCAACGGCCGCCAUCCGAAAUGUCCUUGACGCCGCCAAAGAGAGCGUGUCUGUCUUCGGCAAAGUCGCGGCGGUUCUGAAAAUGCAAGUUCCUGCCAUGCGUGGCAAUGAUAUACGAUACACGCGAACGUUGAUGGUUAAUGUGUAUGGAGCUACAGCGGAGAUGGCAAGCUCUUGGAAGGUUAUGGCCGGGUUGAUGCCAGAGGCAAAAGUGUUACUCUUUGUCGACGCCACCGGAUCUCGAAUCCCUUUCAACACUGAUUCUUCUGGUGGGCAACCGAUGGCGGCGACCGGUUCAUUCACGGGUCGAACAAUCUCACCCAUCAUUGAGCGCCAAGAAUCGCAUUCGCCACAGUCGAUCCGCAGCGAAGUCCCUGCUACGGGGCAUGACGAGAGUUUGGGAACUCCCUUGGGCCAUCAGGGGAGGAGAAGGGGCCAAGGGCACCCUCUGAGCAAGGAAAGAAGGCAUGCCGGGUCAUACAGCGGACAAGAUGUUGAGAGGGGCAUGAUGAUGGGGUCUCCAUUGCCAGAGGCAAGCCCUGAUUCCAAGGAGGAUGAACAUCAUCACGAAAGGGCCGAAUCGGGCACUAUCACCCUCCCGUCCCCUGAAGACGAGGAAACCAGCGAGUAUGGUGCACCCAAUCACGCGAUGGCUCAUAUGGAUCACCCUCAUCCGCCAUUCGCCUUUGGGGAACGAGGCCACCAUCCUUCGUCAUCGUCUGGCUCAAGUCAUGCUAUGUCGCUGGCAUCCGGCUUUGCAUAUCCACGAAAGCUUUCCGUGGAUGUUCGCCCACCUACGCCGGCAUCCGCAACGCUCUUCGAUGAGGACCUGUUAGACGUCAUCGAAACGGCCACUGAGGUAGCUUUCACCUCGUGGCUGAGGCUCUCUGAAGACAUCGGUGCCUCUCCCUCGCUACCCAACCAUGGCAUACAUCAUCAAAGCCAGCCUAGCAACGCGUCGAGUCGUAAUAUAGAUAUGGGCUUCGGGCACACGUCCAAACGGCCUUCUAACAUAACGCCCAAGCAACAUACGGAACUGAUUCAUCUCCUCUCGGUGGCUGAGCAGACUACUGCGACGUUACGAGAGUCUCUGAUGCGACUUCGAGCCAAUCCAUCAUCUUUGCCGACUACCACUCUCCCUGAUGAUGCGCAAGCAUUUAUCAAGAUUGUGGUGAAGGUCUCGGAACUGGUCAAGGCGAUGUCAGGGACUCACUCCUUCCCGGUUGCUGUUCGUCAGACAGUGGGAAGGCUGACGCAAGCGACGAGGGAAUGUGCCAUCCUGAUCCAAGUAAGCUCCUUGCGACCUGGUCAGGGUACUCCAGCCCCGAUUCCUCCAUCACAAUCCGCCUCGAGCAGAUCUGCUUUCUUCUCCUCACGUACAGAUCUGGGGUCAGAGCAUAGCAUAGAUGUUGCGUCUAGCCAUGACGAAUACGAGGAUAUUGCGGUACCGCCUUCAGCUGGGUACGCAGCAGUGCACCACGGGCUUCGUGAUCUCCAGUUGCCGAGUAAGCAAGCCGCGAUAGGGAGGAGCAGGUCAGCGAACGCGACAGUUCCUGGCCAAGGUAGUCUGGGUAGCAUAGUGAUGCCGAUACCGUAUGUAAGCGGGGGGGCAAUAGGGGGUAGAGGGGCCAUGGAGGCUCCGAGAAGUGCCCAGCCGGGCCAAGUGUUUCUUGAGUAG